AUGACUUUAUUAAGUAGUGACUUUAGACAAAAAGGGACUUUGAAUUGGCAAGAGCAGAAAGAUGACGCGUGGACCAAUUUUGAUCAAGGUUCUAUACUUAGGGGUGGUGAGCCAAAACUGCGAUAUAAAUAUUAUAAAAAACUCCUUCGCCAUCCUAAUUUCAGACCUGGUACCACUAUUUUAUCAGAAGGAGGUGAAAGAGUUUUAAAGACCAGAGCUUCUAUUAGAACAAGCUCCUUACAGCGCCAUAAAGAGCAUUAUCAAGGAGCACAAGGGCAUUCAAAAUAUGGUAUAUCUUUAUAUCUACUUAGUAAAAGGAUAGCAAGAAAUCCUCUAAAAGCUCCCCCUUCUAAACAUGACUAUCGCAAGAAAGUCCUCUUAAUAGUUAUUCAACAAUCCCUCCUGUUCAAGUUUAUUGAAUCUCCAUUAUUCAAGGAUUUGAUAGAGUUUUGUAAGAGUUAUCCUAACUUAAUUAAAGAUCUAUCUAGAUCUACUAUCAAACAGUUAAGCCAAAGUGAAGCAGAAGAAGUCCAGAAACAACUUAUUAAGAGGCUUCUAUCUACUACGAAGGAGUAUCAAGAGGUCCUGCUAGGCUUCGAACCAUUAUAUAGAGCAUAUUCUAGACAAUACUUAGCCUCUAUAGUACUUAAGGUACUUAAGCAACAUAAGCUUAAAUAA